AUGGCAAAGUUUGGACCUCCCGAGCCUUUUGAUUUCACGCAGCCAGCGGAGUGGCUCACGUGGCGGCAGAGAUUCUCCCGGUUUCGAGUCGCAUCAAAACUUGACAAAGAGAGCAGCGAAGUGCAGGUGAACUCGCUCUUGUACUCUAUGGGGAGAGAUGCCGAACCUAUUUACGGCUCAUUUGUGUUUCCUGCGGCGACCGAGGCCAUGCCACAUCCAGAGUACGACUUUGAUCUGGUUAUUCAGAAGUUUGAUGAACACUUUGUCCCGAAGAGAAACGUCAUCCACGAUCGCGCCUGUUUUCAUAAGCGGAGCCAAAGGGCCGGUGAGGCAGUCGAAGCUUUCGUGCGGAGCCUGUACGAGCUUGCACAGCAUUGUGAGUUCGGUGCGGGGAAGGACGAGCAGAUCCGGGACCGGAUUGUUAUUGGAAUAAUGGACAAAGAGGUUUCUCAAAAACUCCAGUUAGAGGCGGACCUGACACUGGAGCGAGCCAUCCAACUUGCACGUCAAAGUGAACAGGUGAAACAACAAAGUGCAGAGCGUGUGGAAAUUACAGUGAAUGAGGAAGCGGUCCCAUACAGCGUCAACACGCCACGCAGGGUUCCGUUUCCGCUCCUCCCAAAAGUGGAGAAAGAGCUAAAGCGCAUGCUAACUCUCAAUAUCAUUGAGGAGGUUACAGAGCCGACAGACUGGUGUGCCCCAAUGGUGCCUGCUCCAAAAUGCAACAAGGACGAGUUCACAUCAGCGGAGUUCAAAGAAUUCAAGCAGAGAUAUGGUUUUUCUCACAUUACCUCCAGCCCACAUUACCCACAGUCAAACGGAGCUGCGGAGAGAGCUGUUCAGACUGCCAAGUACAUCCUUAAACAGCCUGACCCCUGCUUGGCCCUUAUGGGUUAUCGCUCUACACCGAUCGCAGCUACAGGUGCAAGUCCGGCACAGCUCAUGACUGGUAGACAAAUCCGUACCACUGUUCCUGUCCUGGAAGAGGCAUUGCUGCCACGUCCAUUCAACCCGGACCAUGUUUACAUGAAGGACGCAAUGGCUAAGGGUUCGUACAGGUUCUUCUAUGACCGCAGGCAUUCAGCUCGCACGCUCCCUGAACUUCGCCCUGGCCAGCCUGUUAGAGUGAAGCUCGAUGGGGAGAAAGGAUGGACAACACCUGCCAGGGUCAUCAGUUUAUCCAAAGAGCCGAGAUCCUACCUUGUGGAGAUGGCGAAUGGAAACGUGACCCGUCGGAACAGUCGUCAUCUCCAGUCUGUUCCUGAGGCCGAACCUCCUGCAGAGCACCCUUGUGCCCAGCCUACAGCAUCGCUGCAGGACAGCGGGUUCCCACUGACGGAUGUGACUGUGCCACCUGAACCACCAGCUAGCCAGAUGCCAGCGGGCCCUUCCAGUGCGUCUCCCCUUGCACCAUCUACACCCGUGAGGACGACUUCCAGAGACCGUGAGAUAAGGGUGCCUCUAAGAUUUAAAGACUGA